CUCUAACCUAACCUCUCUUUUGGCCGACUGUUUGUGCCAUAGUUGUUUGUUUAAAUAAUUAAUUAAAUUUUCUAAAUAAUUAAUUUAUAUAAUCUCCAAUCAUCUUUUGCAACAAAUUUAUGUAAUUAAUUUCGAAAAUAAGCUUCAAAAAAUCAUUUGCCUUAGACGUACUGCGUUGUCCUCGUUUAAUAUUUCGUUACACAAGACGAUAAAAAAAAAAUUCUAGUUGCUUAAUUUGCUUUGCUUUUAUCAGUCUUGUCCGAAAUUCUCUUGCUGAUAGACACAGUCUUGUUACAUAUACAUACACACACAUAAAAUGGCUGUGGUACCACGUGUAUUGUGCAGGAGAUUUCUACAAAACUUUUCUAGUCCUAGAUUCAUACAUACAUCUUUAAAAGUUUAUGCAGAGAGGCUUUUUACAGAAAAACACGAAUGGGUCAAACUCGAUGGCAAAAUAGGCACAAUAGGAAUUUCAGAUUAUGCCCAAGAAGCCCUAGGCGACGUGGUCUAUGCCCAACUGCCAGACGUAAACACCGAAAUUAAACAGAAAGAGGAAUGCGGAGCCUUGGAAAGCGUAAAAGCAGCCAGCGAAAUUUACAGUCCUGUUAGUGGGAAAGUUAUCGAGAAAAACGAAGCUGUCGAGGAAACGCCGUCUUUGAUAAACACAUCAUGCUACGAUAAAGGCUGGCUAUUCAAGUUGGAAUUAGCAAACGAAUCUGAACUCAAGGAACUUAUGACCGAAACUAAAUACACUGAAUUUUUAAAGACACAAGAAAGUCACUAAUUUAAAUAAGUAAUAUUUUGUAAUUUAAUUAUUUAUAAUGUAAAAUUUGUCUCUGUUGCUUUUCUUGCUAGACAUAUUAUUAUUUUUAGUCAAAUAUAAAGCUAUAUUGCUUCAAUU